UAAACCUACAAACUCAUUCUCACAUCUGGGAUUACACUGAAUCUGCAUACUCUGAAUAAGGUCCCCACCAAGCUGAAGCCAUGAGGAUCCAUAACCUCACCCAGCUUUCCUUCCUCCUUCUGGCUGCUCAGGUGUUCUUGGUGGAGGGCCAAAAGGAAUUAGUGAAAUGGCAGAGCAGCAUUGCAACCAAGGAUCAAUGGAUCCCUCUGGGCAAGCCCCAAACUGUGCAGAGAAGGCAGCAAGAAAAACACGUGGUCAGUGGCAUAAUUGUUACCCGAGACCGGGCCACAUGCUAUUUGAAUGUGACUGAUCAUAAGGAGGGCACCACCCUAAAGGUGGAGUGCACCCGAUUUGACCACAAGUUUUCCUGUGUCUUUGCUGGCAAUCCAAAGUCCUGCAUAUCAUGUUUUAGAAGUGAUAUAAUCUACUGGAGGCAAAUUGCCCAGAACUUGCAUUGGAAAAACAACAUCUGUGAGGACUCCAAGAUGGUCCUGAGGACCAGAGUGUGUGGAUGGAGGUUUCCAGAAUCCAAUCUGAAGCUGGUGUACUCCUCUCUGAUCCGUGAUCCCAACCAUGCUAAUAUGGAAUUCAACCCCUGGUGUCCUAGCUUUGUCAAAGGAGACUCCGAUCAAAGUUCCAAGGAUGUCAAACACUACUAUCCUAAGCAACAGAGCCAAACCAUACCUCCUGUCCCUACCAAGGAGAUCCAACUCCCAGAGACCACUCCCACAAUGCCCAUUGUGAAUGAAGAGACUACCACUGAGCAUCUGGUUGUGGAAAAAAACACCACUACACAGCACACCACGAUUAAAGAGAUGACCCCAGAACAGACCACUCCCAUGGAGCAGUUGGUUAUGGAAGAAAUUACCACUACACAGCAGACCAUGAUUAGAGAGACCACCCUGGAACAGACCACACCCACAGAGCAGUUGGUUAUGGAAGAGACCACCACAACACAGCAGACCACAGCCACAGAGACCACCCCAGAACAAACCACACCCACACAAUCCUUCUACACCAAAGAAGUUACCACCAACAUUCCAGUGGAGAUAUAAACCACAAUGACCACCAAACCUAAUCGUAAGGAUGACUCUAGCAUCAAAAUUAAGCAGAAGACAACUCAGGACACCCACCAGAAUAUAGACCAGAAGACAUUC